AUGAGAAAAACAAAUUAAAAAACAAAUGAUAAUAAUUUGAAUUAUUUAAAUGGAGGAGGUUUUGGAGCACGUCCAAAAACAUUGCUUUGUACAGAAUAAACUCAUUUAUAGGCACAAUAUGUGGGAGAGAGUUUGGAACAGCUUCUCUUGAUAUUCAUCAAAAAACUUGUAUAAUAAAAUAUUAAAAUGACUUGAAGAAUAUGGAUCCUGGUCAUCGAAAAUAAAUGCCAACAAGUAUAAAUAAAUAAUAUUCUUUAUAGCUUAAUAAGUAUUAUAAAAGUUAGAUUAAGAAAAAUAAGUUAGGUAAUAAGGAGGUAUGAAAGUUGGAUAAAAAUCAUAACAAGUUUUAUAUGAAUAACCAUAAUAAGUUAUGGCUCUUGUUGGAGUAAGAAAGAUUAAAAUAACAAUAAUAGUGUAGAAAAUGUGGAAGAAGAUUCAAUCCUGAUAGAAUCAGAAAACAUGAAUCUGUUUGUAUAGGGCCAGAACCAGAUAUUUAAAAAAUAAAAGAAUAAUAAUAAGAAUAGAACAAAAGAGCUGCUAAAUAUUUAAGGCCAAAAAAAACUGGUAAAUGGAAAUAAGAACAUCUGGAAUUUUAAUAAGCUUUAAGAGAAAUGAGGAAAGUUAGAUAAUAAGAAAUAGCAGAAGGAAGAGGUAAUCCUUUUGGACAUCAAUAGUAUGGUUAAUCUUAUGGAACAUCGAAUAAGUAGCUACCAGCUAAAUAUGGUAAAGCUAAUUAAUAUCAGUAAAAUUAUAAUAAUCGACCUUAAUCAAAAUAAUAAUAAUAGAAAUAAACAUAUUAAUAAUAAUAAUAAUAGUUUAAUUUAUAAGGUUAUUCAUAAAGUGUUAAAACAACUCAUAAAUAGCCUAAUUUUGAAUAAUAAUAAACAAAAAUGUUAUAAAAGUCUCCAAUAUCUUAAGUAACAUCAAAAUAAUAAUAUUAAUAACCUACGAAAAACUCUUACAAUGAUAUUGGUUAUGGAAGACCUGCUUAUAAUGGUGGUGGAUCUGGUGGUGGAGCAUGUACAUAAUUUAUUAAUUAAUUAUUAGCAUAUUAAAUUGCUCACUCUAAUGUUAGUACUUUUAGUCUAUUUACUCAAGAUGGAAAACCAAAAAACUAUGAAAACUAUUAAAAAAACAACCCUUAUGCAAAGAAGAAUGGGCUAUAUUGA